AUGUCCCUCCACCACCUCCCAGCAGAGCUGCUCCUCAUCGCCGACUACCUCACACCCGGUCCCCUCCCCUCUCUCCUCGCCGUCUGCCACUCACUCCGCACACUCCUUACCCCCCUGCUCAUCCAACACGCCCCGAGACCAGUUCCCACGCCUCACAUUAGUGGGAAGAUCCACUUCGGACCCUCCCACCCCCUCAUCCUGGAGAUCGCUCGCGCUCUCAUUGCCCAUAAUGGCGGCCCCCCCAAACAAAAUCAUCUCGGGCUCGCCAUAGGCCAUGGCAGCUCCUCGGUCGCAUUCCUCCUCAUGGACCACGGUAUCGACCCGGUUGGUUGCACAACAGGCGUGUGGUUCGGUAGGACUGGAAUCCCGCUCUUCCUGCAAGAGGCAGGUUACAGGGAUGUGCGGUUGAUGCGGGAGUUUCUCGAUCGAGGAAUCGAUGUGAACACCCAGUGUUGGCGGCGGUGCACCGCGCUGACCAUAGCCGCCGAGUAUGGGCAUGCGGCGUGUGUUCGGCUCUUGCUGGAGAGGGGUGCGGACGUGACGGUGGUGGAUGGGGAUGGGCGGACAGCGUGGAAUAUGGCGGCGGAUGGGAAGUACGAAGAGGUAUUGGAGUUGUUGAGGGGCACGGGGGCGGAGAAGGUUGUGGUGUGGAGGUCCCACUUACUCGACCCGUUUCCAAUCGCCCCCUGGCCAGCGCCGUGGUCCCCCUUGCAUAUAUAUAAUAUAGAUGGUCAUGAUAGGGAGCCUUGGGAGUCUCGUAGAGAAAAGCUCAUUCAGGACUAG